GAAGGAGGGUCAUGCUCAAGGAACUAAACAGUUUCCUUACCGGUGUACAAGCUUCGCCUUACAGGUUCUCGUUCAGCAGCCUAUACUCUGCAACAAAAGGAUUCACAAAGGUUUUAGGAAGCGGAGGUUGCGGCACAGUGUACGAAGGAAUGCUUCACAACGGGAUGAAGCUGGCAGUGAAGAAACUCAGCACACAGCACGGACAAAAGGAGUUUGUAACAGAAGUCUCGGCUCUGGGAAACAUAAGCCACAUCAACAUUGUCAAACUCUAUGGCUUCUGUGCCGAUGCUUCACACAGGCUGCUCGUCUACGAGCUCAUGCCCAAUGGUUCCUUGGACAGAUGGAUUUUCUCCGACAACAAGGACAAACUGGACUGGAAACUUCGACACAGCAUUGCCCUCGACACUGCUCGAGGACUGGCCUACUUGCACGAGGAAUCCAGAGACUCGAUCAUCCACUUGGAUAUCAAGCCACAAAACAUCCUCCUGGGUGACAAGUUUGAGGCCAAAGUCGCAGACUUUGGCAUGGCGAAGCUACUCAUGGACAGAGAUCAAAAUGGAGUGGUCACUGGAGUGAGAGGAACUCCAGGAUAUCUAGCUCCAGAGUGGCUGCUACACUCAACAGCGACCAAGAAAUGCGACGUCUACAGCUAUGGAAUGGUGCUCCUGGAGCUCAUUGGCGGCAGGAAAAAUCUAGACUGCUCCAAGAUGGAGUCGCCACUGAGCUGGUACUUCCCAGCCUGGGCCAUGAGCGAAAUCCGGAAAGGGAACACGAUGCAAGUGGUGGAUCCGAGCGUCAAGGACUCGGCAGACACAAGGCAGGCAAAGAAUAUGAUCCACAUCGCAUUCUGGUGCACGCAAGAUGAUCCAGCAGCUAGACCGACAAUGGAUGCAGUAGUGCGAAUGCUGGAGAGCGAGGAGGAGAUCGAGGAGCCGCCGCUUACCUUCCAGUUCGAUGUCCAAGCGCCUGGAAUCCUCACCAUCACCUCGAGCGGCGACAUCGCGACAUUCACAUACAUCACCAAAAACCCUUUAGCCCAUGAGCCCUAAAAUUCAAAUACUAAUUGAGUUUUUGCAUCUUU